AUGGAAAUCAAAAGCAAAUUUCCGGCGUGGAAGAAGAAAAAACGAAAGUUUCAAAUUGACAAAGAUGGGAAGAAAAUCAAACCAAACCCCGGUGCUCAAAUAUCAAAAAUACUUCAAAAUGGUAAAGUCAAUGGAAAUUCACGACAAACUGGUGGUCAGGAGCAAAAAUUUCAAAAUUUGGAAGCAUUAAAAAAGAAAACAAUGUUGCUGAAAAAAAAGAAAAAACAAAUGAAUAAUUUUCAAAAAGAAGAGGAACUACUGUCAUCUACUUUUCGAAUUACAAAUGGAAUUUUAAAAAAGGAGAAGAAAAUUGAGGUCACAACGAUUUCGACACAAACUCCAAAAAAACUACCAAAGACCCCAAUAUCGACUCCUUCUAAUUCGAAAAAUGCCACACCAAUGUCUACUCGAAAGCAUUCUUCGUCUCAACAAUCGCCUCCACAUUUCGAAGCAAAUUACGAAAAGUUUUCAAGACCCCAACUUCCAAUUGAUGCUGUUGAACAACAAUUGAUGUAUGAGUUGGCAUCACAAGAAACGCUUAUUGUAAUUGGAGAAACUGGAUCAGGAAAAUCCACACAAGUACCUCAGCUUUGCGUACGUGCUGGAAUUGCCAACAGCGGAUCUAUUGCCGUAACUCAACCUCGUCGAGUGGCUGCUAUUUCCCUAGCAUCACGAGUGGCAACUGAAAUGGGAACAAAUAUUGGUGGAAUCGUCGGAUAUCAUGUACGAUUCGAGAAUGCAACUUGUCAUAAAACAAAGAUCGAGUAUAUGACUGAUGGAAUUGUAUUAAGAAAAGCUCUUGUCUCUCCUCUUCUCGAUAAAUACUCUUGCGUAAUCAUUGAUGAAGCACACGAACGGAGUCUACAUUCAGAUGUUCUUAUGUGUAUUCUGAGACAAUGUCAGGAUCAAAGAAGGGAAACAAAUAACCCGCUAAGAUUGAUUAUUAUGUCAGCUACAUUACAGGCAGAAAAAUUCCAAUCAUAUUUCAACAAUGCCAAGGUAGUAUUGGUUGCUGGUCGUACCUUCCCAAUUGAAGUUUUCCACGUGAAUCCGAAGAUCAAUAAAUCAUUUUCUUCAACGGAUUAUGUGUAUAAUGCAGUUAUCUGUGUGAAAUAUGUUCAUUUAACAGAACCCAAGGGACGCGAUAUUCUGGUUUUCCUAACAGGAAGUGAAGAAAUUGAAGCCGUAGCAUCUCAACUCGCCGAGCUCAAUGGAUCACUUCCAGCUUCUGCUGAUGUUCUUAUGCCAGUUCCACUUUAUGCAGCUUUACGACCGGAGAAACAGAAAGAAGCUUUUAGGAAAACUCCACAAGGCGCCCGAAAAGUAAUCAUCUCGACAAAUAUUGCUGAAACAUCUGUAACAAUUCCUGGAAUUAGAGUAGUAAUCGAUUCGGGUAAAGUUAAAACAAAACGUUUCGAAGCUUUUAAUCGUAUCGAUGUUCUAAAAGUUCACAAUGUGAGUAAGGCUCAAGCCAAACAAAGAGCUGGAAGAGCUGGAAGAGAUGCACCUGGCAAAUGUUAUAGACUGUAUUCCCGAGAAGACUUCCACAAAUUCGAAGCAGAAAAUAUGCCAGAAAUUCUACGUUGCAAUUUAUCAGCGACAUUCCUCGAACUAAUGAAGCUUGGAAUGAAGAAUCCGCAUCGAUUGAAACUUAUUGAUCCUCCUGAAACUGAUAAUAUCAAUGCUGCUUUGUUGGAGCUUACGUCACUCGGCGCAAUUCGUCCCGUGAAUUCGGAUCGAAGUAAAUUCGCACUCACUGAGAUGGGAGAUGCAUUCUGUAUGUAUCCAUUGCCACCAGAUCAUGCAAGAAUUCUAUUCCAAGCUCAAAAGGAGGGAUGUAUUAUGGAAGCGAUUAAAAUUGUUGCAGCAAUGCAGACAGAUGCUCUAUUUUCUGGAGCUGGUGACUCGAAAAGUGAUGCAGAUGUUGAUAGAAUUAGAAGACGAUUUGAAACGAGAGAGGGUGAUCAUAUCACGCUACUCAAGCUUGUUUUAGUUACUAAUCAGUUUUUUGAUCAGUUGAACAAGAAAACAGAAUCUGAUGCGAGAUACGGGAAGGCCAAUAAAUCAUUGGAACGUGAAUAUAAUCAAACUAUCAGGAAAUUCUGCAAUGAUAAUAUGAUCAACGAACAACAUUUGAAAACAGCUUCAAUGAUUGAGGAACAAUUAAAACAAAUUGCAAUUGAACAGAAAGUUACAUUCUCAACGUGUGGAGCUGAUUUUAUGAAAAUGAGAAAAGCGUUGGCUCUCGGAAUGUUCUUGAAUAGUUGUGAAUAUGAUCGUCAGGAAGAUCGAUAUCGAUUAAUGAUUAAUCCUGCGAUUACUCUGAAAAUUCAUCCAUCGUCUUGCCUCUCAAGAUCAAAACCUGCAUACAUUGUGUUUUCUGAAUUAAUGAAGACUAAUGAUCUCUUUGCGCUACAAGUGACCCUUAUCGACGGCGAUUGGGUUCGCCCAUUGAUCAGCGAUCACAAGAAAAUGCGUGCAAAUCAUUUGGCUGAAACGACAGAACGAGUACAACAAAUCACUCGUUUAGAACCAAAAGCCAAAAAAGCAAAACUCAAUGUCACAUUUUAACGUUUUGCUCUUUGUUUUUCUCCCUCUUAACCUCUCAAUUGUUCGUGUUUCUCGCUUCUCUUUCCGCCUUGAAACCAGUUAUUUGUUUUUGUUACCCAUCUCAAUUUGUUUUCAUUUUUAUCCAUUUUUCUGUUUUUCCCCCUACCUCUAUAUUUAUCCACCAAUUCUUACAUUAUCUCUGUCAGUCUCGAAACCAUUCUCUUUCAAAAAUCUCAUCGUCUUACCAUUUUUCGGUUUUUCAUAAAAAUAAUGUUUUGCAACCGAUGGUUUUUUUUUCAACUUUUGAAAUAAGUAAACGAACAGAAUAGAAGA